AUUAUGAUGUGUUUCGUUAACAUAUUUCAUUUGCUAACAGAUAUAACUUUGCAUAUGGAGCAAUGUUUCAUCUGGAUUAAAGUUCCUAAAAUUAGGAGUCAUCAUGAUUGUCAUUCAGAAGUCAGAAAUAGGAUUUACGGAACUGGAUGGAGACUGGCAAUAAAGGAAUCUUCCGAAUGUGAAUUUGUCGUAGAAAGAUCUGUUUCGAAAUUCAACGGGAUUCUAUUCCGCUUAAAACAUAAAAAAUCUAAAUUGACAAAGAAGAUACACUUGCUAUAAAUGAUCCGCUGGAGAAAUGAAGACUUCGUUAAUAAAUCACAUCUUCCUUGCAAUGGUUUUUGUUAUAAGCUUGAAUCGUCAGUCGUGCAUCGCCAAAACCAUUCCCUAUUCUCAAGGAAAUGUAGAGAAGCCAGCAACAGUUAAGGUGAAGGUCGUAGAUACAGAUAAAAGACAAAGAAGGUAUAUCGACCAGUUUCCUGACCAAUUAGAUGUUGACGUAUCAACAGAUGAAUUGCAUGAACAUUUUCAAAAUCUAAAAAGAAAUCAUCACGUUCCGCAUAUUAAGUAUGUUCACAUGAUGGAAAAUGGAGCAGUUAAAAAGUUCAGAUUUGAAAGAAAAGAGACAAUGGCAUAUUACAUUGAUGUUGAGCAUGUUGCCGCUUUUGAAGUUUCUUUAGCAUCAGAGGGAUCUGAAGAUUUUGAUAUUUACGGAACGUUCGUAUCCAAACAACAUGAAUAUUUGGUACAACCACCGAGGGAUAACCGAAGUACUUACACAGUAUCGCUGAUGGAAGAAAAGCUGACAAAAUCGUUUGAUUAUAUUAAAUUGUCAGACACAGACGCUAAAAUAACUGAAGGAAAGAUGCAGAAUCGCUCAGAGCAGACAAUAAAUACCAGAGAAAAGCGACAGACGACCGACUACGAGAUCGAAAUUUUCUUCGUGAUUGACUUUGCACUUUACAAAUGGACAUAUGCUUUGACUGAAGGAGAAAACGACAGACACACUGCCACAGUUAAUAAACUGUUACAAUUCACCUCUUUUAUGUUAAACGUGGUGGAUCUACGAUAUCGAAAUAUGAAAGACUACUCGUAUACAAUAUCCUGUCUUUUUGCUGGAAUUUACAUAGCUGAUGAUCCAAGCGAUUCGAAGUUUGUAGACGAUCAUAUCAUCAACAAUGCCGGACAAGCAGAUGGUGACUUAAUAUUAGAUGAUUUCAUUAAAUGGGGAGAGGCUUCAAUACGUCAUUUUAAUUAUGACCAAGCUACAUUGCUUACAGGGCGCGAUAUCGGAUAUAAAGAAGAUGGUAUAUUUCAUAAAGGUCUAUUAGGUAUACACACUAAUACAUAGUAAAAUAUUGAUUUG